AUGCUGUCUUGUAAUGUUCUGCAGCUCGGCUCGAGGGAAGAGGGAGCGGAAAGCAACGGCAUGGCUGUGGGCUCGGGACGACCAAGGCGCUUGCUCUUGGCAGGAGCUGCAGGCGGCCUGGCAGUGUGGUUUCUUAGCAAUGGCGGCCAGCUAGAAGGCUUCCUGGGCCCUUCAUCUCAAAGCGCCACAACUUUGCAGACUUUCCGAAGGCAUCUCUUGACAGGUGCUUGGUUCGGGUCCAUGUCGCUUGCUGCCGCCACUGUUGAUCCUGACCCAGCGGCUGCCCGAUUUAAAGUCGUUGGGCUGCCGUGCGAGUGCUGCGAGCGGGAUUGGUGUGCGACCAGCUGCAUCGAUCAAAAACAAGGACUGACAACGAAGUGCAACUGCCAUGAUUUCUUGAGUGACAAGCAGUCCUCCGAGCAGUACCUGGUGUCGGGUGCAGGACUGAUCAAGCUUCCUGCAGAUGCUGCCAGAGCUCGGCUCGACAGCAUGGAAGCGGGACAGGGUGAGGAGGGCUGGGCAGACCAUUUGAAUUGGAAAGAUGCCAAUCUGCUUAAGUGGAGAGCAGAGGAUGGAAAAAAUCUCCAGAUCAAGCCUUCCACGCUGGGCGGCGAAGCGGGCGAUGGCCUGUUUGUCACGACAGCGAUGCCGAAGUACACCGUGUUUCCGCCAUAUCAAGGAAAGCCCCUGAGUCUUGCCGAGUUCCGCAAGAUGAGGGGUACCCGUGAAAUGGACUAUGUCUACUGCCCGCUCCGCGAAGAGGCCCUCUUCAAUUUCACGGACGACCAGCUUCAGACCGCUGAGGAGGCUGGGGCCGCCACGACCUUCUGCGUGGAUGGCCGCGUCGCGGUGGAGAAGAACCCAGUGCGCUUCAUCAAUGCCGCGAGAAGCAAAGAGCAGUGCAAGAAGGUGAACGUGCAGAUCUGCGAGUUCGGCGAUGUGGCAUAUUUCAGGACAACGGCGGAUGUGAAGAAAGGUGCUGAGCUCAUCACUGACUAUGGGAAAGAGUAUUGGGAGGACUUCGAAGGUUGCUGA